AUGCCUCCCACUUGCAUUCAAGAUUUGGCUUUGGAAUUAGUUCAAGAAAUUGUGGUGAGAGCAUGCCAAUGUUGGGACGAUAGCCUAUCAAAAGAAAGUCUUAAACAGCUAAGGCUGGUGUCCUGGCAAUUUCGAGAGGCAGCAACCACUUUUCUGUUUUCGGAGCUUAAGUUCAACUUUUCCAAGCGCCAAAUGGAAGAUGUUCUGACACAGCUUGACCACAUUGCGCAACAAAAGACGGAGAUUCGCCACUGCGUCAGAAUUCUUGUAAUCGAGUCAACGAACCUCCAGCUUUCCGGAUCAACUAGUCAAGGGACAUAUGUGAAUUUGUUGAACCAUGCCAUACGAUCGUUGCUCGAGGUCAGAUCUAUCCGGUGGACUAUCUCCGCUCUCGAAGGGUUCUACAGUGUAUUGGAGGGGAUUAUGGACCUACCGCAUGUUCAAGAGCUUUACUUCGACUUCUCCAAACUACCGUUACGGUGGCAAACUCCUGAAAUGAUACCGCUUCGUCAAUUUAAAUCGACUCAGCUGCAAUCGUUUGGUUUUUUGGCGCGUGAUGCAAAUGCGCUACUGGCGCAGGGUUUGAUAAACCAACUUCAGAAAAUCAUGCCCACAGCAUCAUUAUCGAGGCUGGAUAUCGGAUUUACAGAUUCUGAAUCCUCAAAGAAUGCAGAAUUAAUGAAUCAGUUUUUCAAAGCGCUCCCAAAAAACACACCUCUCAGGAUCAAAUACUUACGAGUACAUGGAUGGAAACUUGCGCUAAAUUCACUUACGAUGCCACAUCUACGCCAGAUGUCAUUUCUCGACCUGUCGCACGGAAGUGAACCCUUCUCGCAGUCUCAAAUUUGGUCAAGCAUCCUCAAUAACGGAAUACAACUGAGGAAGAUUGUCGGUGCUAUAACCAGUUCGUUAAACCUGUAUCUGCAGUCUUAUGCAGGUCUGGAGCAGAUCACUGUUAUUAUCCCCCGACCCAAUUCGCUCGACGUUUUGGCAUUUUACCAUGAAUUAUGCCAAAACUCUCUACCUAUUCAUGCUAGCACUUUGAAAUACUUCAAAGUGGUUAAUACAAAUACGCAAGGGCACUGCGUUCUCGACGAUAUGAACGCUAUUUCGGUUUGCGAAAAAUUGGAGCAUCUCACCGUUACUAUUAUGGCUGGCCACAUAGAUGAUCUUGUGAGCUUUUACAUCAAAUACUAG